GCAAAGUUCCACGUCGGUUGCAGACCAGUCAGCAAAUUGGACUUCGGCCGCUAGGCUGUUUUGGUUAGAUUUUUGACGGUUUUUCUGUCGUCCAGUCUUCGUCUUGGACAACACCCCAUCGGAGAAGAUGAGUAGCGCAUCGGUGAAGAGUGAGACGGAAUAUCCGCAUCUUGAUUUGUCGGGAAAAUUGAUAAUUAAAGUUCAAUUGGGUGAUGACGUUCGCCGGAUACCGAUUCACAAUGAAGCCAUAACCUACGAUGAGCUGGUCUUAAUGAUGCAAAGAGUUUUCCGCGGAAAGCUGAACAGCUCUGAUGAUAUUACUAUCAAAUACAAGGAUGAGGAUGGUGACCUUAUUACUAUAUUUGAUAGCUCUGAUCUGGCAUUUGCAGUUCAGUACAGUCGUAUUCUGAAACUUCAGCUGCUUGUUGGUGAUCAGAAGAACAAUGGUCAAUUGCAAUUGCGAGCAACCGAAGUAAACGAGGUGCGAAGAGAGUUGCAACAAAUUCGUGACCAAGUGAACCGCUUGUUAGAUUCACUUGGCAGUGCCUCAAUUUCUAGUGUGCCUACAAAGUCAGAAAAGCCUCCUCAAUCGGAACAAGUUUCCUUAUCAACUCAGCCUAUUGCAAAUGGGACUGUGUCAGUGAAUCCAAAAGAGUUUGAUCCACUUGGGAAACCAGCAAAGCCUGGUGACAUUUCAAAUCCGGAUGUAAGUAGCCAAGCUGAUCCUAUCCAGAGUCGUCAUAGUACUCCAGAAAUUCCACUCCACCAAACAGCAUCUGCAUCAUCCACACCUCACAGUGCAACUCCUGUGUCAUUAACACCUCAGCCACCAGCAAACCCAAUGCUACCAUCCCACACGGCUCAAAGUGCCUCUGGAAACCAGUUUGUUGGGUAUCAGCCCCCAACAAGCAUGGCACAGCCUCAGCCCCAAUCCCAGCCAGCUACAGUGGACCCUUCUCAGACUCAGCAAGCUCGGCCUUACCCCCAGUACUCUCAAUAUCAAGCUCCCCCCCAGGGCUACGGCAUGCCUCCACUCCCUCAGCAGAAUGGUCCGGCAAGUGUACCAAGUGUACAACCACCCAAACAGGCUGUUGGUCGUAUCCCAACAUAUCCACCGAGUUCAACAGCAGCAAGCGUGCCCCUUCAGUCUCCAUAUGGUCAAAUGGGAGGACCUGCUGGAGUCCAGCAUAGCUCGCCUACUCACACAUCCCGCCAUCAGCUUCCAGGAAUGCCAGGACAAGGCCCAAACCCUCUGGCAGGACCCCAUCCUGGUCAGCUGCAAGGGCAGAUGACUGGUCAGAUGCCAAUUGGUGGCGACUACAACCAGCAGCAGCAACAACUACAGCAGCAGCAGCAACAGCAACAACAGCAACAACAACAGCAACAUUAUCCUUCUUUACCCCACAUGGGUGCUCCACCAAGUGGCCCGCUUCAGUCUCAACACCCUGGGUCCAACCCAUACAGCAAGAAUAUGGCCAAUAUGUACAAUAAUUACAAUGCCCCGCAACAGCCUCCGCAACAGCAACCUUCAGUACAGCCAGGCUAUCAGUAAAGAGUUUAACGAGAAUCAUUCUAAAGUGUCUUUUUUGUUUUCUUGUUUUAAUUAAUUUUUAUA